UACAAGAAGCACUCGCGGGCUGUCAUUUCAAAAUUGGAAAACAUCGAUAGGAAAUGAGAAAGUUGCUGGACGAACGUCGCAAUAUUUACAAAGAGUUUCAUGCAUUUGUCUCAACUUCCGAGAGCGAAGAAGACAUGCCUCAUGGCGAAGAGCACGCGAAAAGAAGACUUUCAGAAACUGGUACCUCACAAAACUCACCAUCGCAGCACUCCAGUGACAAUCCCAGCAAGAAGAAACCCGUGAAGUACAUAAUAAUUUCUGAAGGUGAUUCGACGCCUUCGAAGCACUUGAAUCCGGUGCUGAAUUCCGAUACGCCUAAUGAGCUAGUUCUAACGCAAGUGCUUCAUGAUAAUCCGGAAGACAUUCCGAAUCCAGACUCGCCGCCAAACUUCCUCAUGCCCUCAAUGGAUGUGGACAUAUUCUCGAUGUUCUCCGAGCCACAGAACAAGCCACCGUUUAACGAACCCGUAGUUGCUCAAGAGGCAGAAGAAGAGCAAUUGGGCGAAGAUUCUGACUCAGUGCCCGAAGCUGGAACGACAGAAAUGCAAAUCGACCUUGGCGGCGUCAUGAACAUCUCGCAAACAAUGCCGACUGAUUUUCUGGAACCCAGUGAUAAUGAAUGCAUGGGUGAGUCCCCAGUGAAGAACCCGCAUGUUAAAUUGAUUAAAUAUGAUAUUGAAGGCUUACAACGUAUGAAGAGAGAUAUAUCGCACAAAUCUGCAGACUCGUUUCUACCCUUUUGCAAUAACAACGUGAAAAUUGAGGAGUCCGAUGUUGGCACCAUGGAAGUCGAGGUCAAUAGCGAGUAUGGCAAUGAGGUAAAUACCGAGGCUUCCGAUGGUGUUGUUGACUACAUCGGAUGGAAGGAUUCCAUUUUAGUUAUUAAGAUUGUUAAAGAUUUGAUUGUGGCUGGAAAUGAUAAAGGAAAACUUUUCCUUUUUGACACGAAGUCGGCGUUUCCAAUAUUCACCGAGACAAUAUGUCUCAAUGAAGCGAUCACUGCGAUGGACGUUUAUGAAAAUGGCAGUAACACUCGACUUUUCAUCGGAUCUCAGAAUCAGAACUUGUAUGUGUAUGACAUCGGGGACAGAAGGUUGUUACGGGUUAUUAGCGUGGGCACUCCUAUUCAGUGCCUUGAGUUGAUGUGGAUGAGCCUGUUUAUAGGAUCUUCGAAAGGCGAACUAAUCAGGUUCAGCUUGGCGAAUGGCAGAAUUACGGCUCCAGAGAAAAUAUCUGAGAGCGCCGUGCUUGCAAUCAAAGGGAGCAUGGAUGGAUCUCGUCGCGUGCUCGUGGUGGCGUUGCGCAAUGCUCCAAUUAGUAUACGUGAUGCGUCUUCUUGUCUUGAAUUGCGUACAAUCGGGGAAGACCUCUAUUCCGUGUAUUCAAUUGUGCUUUUCCACAAUCGAGUAUAUUGUGGUACUAGUCAUGACGAUGUUUUAGUUUAUAAUUUUCACGAUGGUCAGCUUUUGCUCAAACACGGCGAGAGCAGAGGCAGUGGAAUUGUCAAUAUGAUAAUCGUGCGAAAUGUGCUUUUCGUAGCCUGCUACAAUGGUAAAAUUUGCAUCUACAACACGACUGAUAAUUCGUUUAUUACCUCGAUGACAGCACCAUCCGGGCUAUUAUUGAGCAUGGCCAUCGUUAACAAAAAACUGAUUGCAGGAACCAAACAAAAUUUCCAAUGUAUGCCACUGCCCGAAUCAGUUGCGAGUUUGCUCUGAGAGGUGGGCCGCCGGCGUAUUACUUUCGACUGCAAACAAAAGUAUUUUCUAGUUUUACAUUAAGUAGACUUUUCAAAAUGUCUAGGGCGCUCCUGACAAAUGUGCCUUAAGAAUGAGAAUUAUAUUUCUUUUUUUCCUUGUUACCACAGCGGUUGGUAUGAUAAUUUGUAAUUAUUUACGCUCUACCGAUUUGGGUUUUUGUUUCUCACUGCACAGAAUUCGUUUCUUUGUUGAUUGUAAAUAAAAGAAUUGUUUAAUGAAAAUCGAAUUUAAGAUGCGUAUAUGUGUACUUUGUUUUAAAUGAAUGCACGUGCGAUACAAUGUGGAACGGCACGGCAUGUUCUCAUUAUCAAGUUGUUUCUUAUUUUUGUAAUAAAAAGACACUCACAAAAUCACAAAAAA